CUCUUUGAUCUUUUCUCGUCGGGCUCUGGAAGCGCCUUGGCGGACUGAGGCUCCACUUCGUUGCCGGUUCUUUUUCUCCCAUCUUAUCUCUCACCGAGUCAGCCAGUCAGCAUUCUUGAUAACCAGUAGCCAUUUCCAAGGAGCAAGGGGACCGAGCCAUUGGCUAGUGAGAAAGGGGCGGGCCCGCUGGUGGCGCUUGCUUCUUAUUUUCCUCUGCCUCUCGAAGUCGGGCGGGGGUGGUCGGUUGUUAUCGUGAGUGGAAGGAUCUUUGUUUUCUCACAGCCUGCUGCGAGUGCUGUGUGAAAAUCUGAAGCCUCCCAAUCCUCUCUUGCGGCUGGAGCCUUGGGGUCUGACAAGAUGGCUGCCCAGCGGAACAGCGCUAGUGAGCAAUUGAAGCGUUGGCAAGAGCUGCGGGGCUCACAGAAACCAGAUGCCUUGACCACGGGAGCAGGAAUUCCAGUGGGAGACAAGUUGAACAUCAUGACGGUGGGUCCACGAGGCCCUCUCCUAGUUCAAGAUGUGGUUUUCACUGAUGAGAUGGCACACUUUGACCGAGAAAGGAUUCCUGAGAGAGUUGUGCAUGCCAAAGGAGCAGGAGCAUUUGGUUAUUUUGAAGUGACUCACGAUAUCACAAAAUAUUGCAAAGCAAAGAUAUUUGAGCACAUAGGAAAAAGAACUCCACUUGCCAUCCGAUUUUCCACAGUUGCUGGAGAAUCAGGUUCAGCGGAUACAGUCCGUGAUCCUCGAGGAUUUGCAAUGAAAUUUUAUACAGAAGAUGGUAACUGGGAUCUUGUUGGAAACAACACUCCCAUCUUCUUUAUCCGGGAUGCAAUGCUGUUUCCAUCCUUCAUCCACACCCAAAAGAGGAAUCCACAGACUCAUCUUAAAGAUCCAGACAUGGUAUGGGAUUUCUGGAGUCUCCGUCCUGAGUCCCUACACCAGGUGUCAUUCCUGUUCAGUGAUCGUGGCAUUCCAGAUGGAUUCCGCCAUAUGAAUGGCUAUGGAUCACAUACUUUUAAACUAAUAAAUGCCAGUGGCAAAGCAGUAUACUGCAAAUUUCAUGCAAAGACUGAUCAGGGAAUCAAAAACCUUCCUGUUGAAGAAGCAGGGAGACUGGCUUCAGAAGAUCCUGACUAUGGUCUGCGUGAUCUCUAUAAUGCUAUUGCUAAUGGAAACUACCCAUCGUGGAGUUUCUACAUCCAGGUUAUGACAUUUGAGCAAGCUGAGAGAUUUCCAUUUAAUCCUUUUGAUGUAACUAAGGUUUGGCCUCAUAAAGAUUAUCCUCUCAUCCCUGUGGGAAAAGUUAUCUUAAACCGAAACCCUGUCAAUUAUUUUGCUGAGGUGGAACAAAUGGCUUUUGACCCAAGCAAUAUGCCUCCAGGCAUUGAACCGAGCCCUGAUAAAAUGUUACAGGGUCGUCUUUUCUCAUAUCCAGAUACUCACAGGCACCGUCUGGGACCCAACUAUCUUACAAUUCCAGUAAACUGUCCCUACCGAGCUCGAGUGGCCAAUUACCAGAGAGAUGGAUUUAUGUGUGUGUCUGACAACCAAGGUGGGGCCCCAAACUACUAUCCAAACAGUUUUACUGGUCCUGAGGAGCAGCCUGACUUGAAGGAGACACGUAUACUUCUUUCAGGCGACGUGACACGUUUCAAUAGCGCAAAUGACGAUAAUGUGUCUCAAGUACGAGACUUCUAUACCAAAGUACUGAGGGAGGAUGAACGCCAGAGGCUCUGUGAGAAUAUUGCUGGUCAUCUUAAGGAUGCUCAGAUAUUCAUACAGAAGAAAGCUGUGAAAAACUUUACUGAUGUUCAUCCAGACUAUGGUGCACGCAUUCAAGCCCUCCUGGACAAAUACAGUGCUCAAAGUAGCAAGAAGGAGAGUAUUCAUACCUAUACACAAACUUCAUCCCACACUGUUGCAAAGGAAAAGGCUCAUUUGUGAAUGGCGUCAUCUGUGAAUGAUCAUUAGUUGGUCCCAUUACCAAAUACUUUGUCACAUGGGACUUACAGCCAUCCAACUGGAAAAUAAGCUGUGGAAGAUGUUAACAAAAGUUAACAAAAAUGUUGCAAAAGUUUGUCUUGGGCUGGUAGCUUCAACUUAAAAUAGUCAAGAUUGCAAUUGUGAUUAGAGUUAAUAGAAUGAUAACCGUACGCCUUCUAACAUUAUCUGUCUAUGCUGGCAAUAAUUCUUACAUCAUAUGAAUAAAGUAUAUUCUACAAUAACUUGGUUGCUUUUUGCAUGUUUGUAGUUUUUGCUUUUUUAUUCUUUUAAUUCUUUCUGUAUCUAUAUUCUGAAAACAGAUCUUUCUGAUAUAUUUUAUAAGCAAGCUGAUACCAGUACUGCAAUUAAUGAACAAUAAUAAUUUUUUUGGUAUUAGGGCAAAUUUAAAGAAAUACAGAUAUUAAGACUUGCAGUUGCUGUUUCAUUAAGUGUAAUAUUGAUUAAGGUCAUUUGUAUAAUGCCUUUGAAAACUGCUUCUAUAACUUCUGCAAAAGAAUUAUAUGCAAGUAAAAGCUUAGCGUGCUGUGGUGCUAAAAUUUUAGCUUGCUAAAGCUAAGAUGCGGGAUUGAUUAAUAAGUGUAUUUGAACCAGAUGAUUUGAAAAGUGAUUUGGAUCUUAUUUACAAUGUAAAUGUUUAAAAUAAAAUUAUAAUAAAAA